AAAAACAGAAAAAAAAGUCGAAGGAAUGAACGUCGAUCUCAACUGAUAUUGUGAACCCUUAGUUCUAUGUUUUUUUUCUUUUUUCACUUCCAAGUGUUAAAAGGAAUAUUUCACCAUUUCUGCCGUGAAUAAAUAGCGCUUGGUAAAAAUCGUUACAGCAUGGACUUCCAUGACGUUGCUGUCUUACAAGACCGCCGCUUCAAAGGUUAUAGAUGACGUUAUUAGCGGUGAGAAACUAAAUUGGUUUUUGUUUACAAAUAUCUAUUGGGUAAUUGUUCUUCUACGUGACAACGUAAUUCAUCCUUAAUUGAAAGACUCGAGAUCCAUUUAAACAUGACAGGUGUCAUAAUAGGUUUUCUUACCCACUUUAAAAUAAUCAUGAAAAGGGAUAAAAUUAGUCACUCUGCAAGUCUCAAGAAGCGAACAUGGAAGUCACUCUCCGCUAUCUGGUUAUAUUGUUUCUCUUUGUCUCUUUCUCUCAUUCUUCGGAAGGUCUCAUUGGAAGGUCCUCUGAUGGGGUAUCUUUUAUCAACUUCGAGCAAGACGAGUAUUCGUAUCUGUUUAUCACCAGUAUUGGUUCAGAUCUCGUUGAAGAUGGCAGCGAGUGUGGGUUUGCUUGUGUGGAAAUCCCUUCAUGCUUUUCUUACAACCUCGCGGCAGUCCCUGAUAUCAAUAAAAAGAAGCUCUGUGAACUGCUUCCAUCGGACAAGUACAACAACACGGACAAGUUCACCGCAAGCCCGAUGUUCCAUCACUACAGCAUUCCGUCUCCAUGCAGCCGUUGGCCUUGUCAGAACAAUGGAACUUGCGUAUCACAGUACGAGAAGAACAGCUAUGUGUGCCAUUGCAUGAGAGAAUUCUCAGGGAAAAGUUGCCAAACAAACUUGACAGGCAUUAAUGAGUGUGAGAGCAAUCCUUGUCUUAACAAUGGAACCUGUUCUGACCAACUUGGUGGAUUCAACUACUUGACAGGCAUCAAUGAGUGUGAGAGCAAUCCUUGUCUUAACAAUGGAACCUGUUCUGACCAACUUGGUGGAUUCAACUGCAGCUGUAUACCGGGAUUCUAUGGGGAUCGAUGCGAAACAGCCGGGUUGUCCAUUUCAGCUAUAAUCGGUGGGAAUGCAUCUUACCAAAGUCGCCUUCAUCAAUUCCUGACGCCUGCUGUUGGAUUGAACAGUCGAUGGGUGCUGUGUUACCGCGCCUCCUCUCACGGCUGGGCUGCUAUUACCUUUCACAACAGGUGUGAUGGCAAACGUGACACGGUUAUCAUCAUCAAAAAGGGACAGUACGUGUUUGGAGGAUACACUGACUUCCCCUGGGAGUCCAGUGGUAGUUAUACCUCCACCUCCAAUGCGUUCAUAUUUUCACUCCGCAACAAAGAAAGUCUUGGACCAUUCAAGAGCAUGGUGGCGAAUUCAGGAUAUGCAAUUUACGGGAGCUCGGGUUACGGUCCAACAUUUGGUGGAGGGCAUGACAUCCACAUUGCUAACAAUGCCAACAGGAACACUAAUUCAAACACAAACUUUGGCAACUCUUACUCUGUUCCAAGUGGAGUACAAGAACAGAACACAAUUCUGGCUGGAACUAAUACCUUCUCACCUGAUGAGGUGGAGGUGUUUUAUGUCGGUUGACUAACCCUAACAGCCCUGCAUUCACAUUCUCAACUCAUUCAUAUAUAAGCAAGCUGAUGAAGACGAAUUAUAAAAUAAGUGUUUCCAUUUUCUAGAGUUGUAUGAUCGUACUAAAAGUAGGUAGCCUUGAAUUUUUAUCUGAUAUUUCAUAUCCUUCGGUUUAUUCAUUCAUUUUAUUUAUUUAUUUAUUUAUUUAUUUAUUUAUUUUUGCUGUUGCUGUUCGUGAAUGAAGUUUGCUGGCUUUUAGAAACACGACCACCUCAUUGUGGCAGUUUGGUAACAAUUGUAUCAGGGGCGGAUCCAGGAUUUUUCUUAGGAGGGGCGCACCACUAAAGAAUAGUUUUCUUUUUGCAGAAUAACAGCUAUAUUAGAAAGCCACAUGUCAUCUCGGGGGAGGGGAGUGUGCACCCCCUUCACCCUCCCCCUAGAUCCACCCUUUACUUGUAUGCGUCCCACGCUGCAGAAAUCGGGAUACCCAAUGACGCUUUUAACCAUGCAUAUUUUGACAUGCUGUGUAUGCCAGUUGUGCUGGGCAGGGCGUAUGCUUACCAAAAUUUUGUUGUUGUUUUCAAUCAACAGCUGAAAUAGAGAAAAACUCUUUGUUUCACAGGCCAAUAGUUAAGGAUCUCAGUGACGGUUACUAUAGUUUUACGAUUGAUAGUUAAAGAUCUUUUUUGCAGUUUGGUGCGGGUGGUUAAAUUUUGGGCUGUUUGUAGAUAGAUUGUAAAAUUCCUGUAAUAAAGCUCGUGAUGAUUUCCAGUCCGCACUGUGCAGUCUCAGCACCCCAAUGUUCGGGAAUCACUCUAUCGAUGGCCGAUGCGAAUCCAUGUUAUUCGUAACGAAACGUUUACCUUAUCUUUAAAGUAAUACAUCAAACACGAAAGACCGUGUUUGACCACAUUUCCA